AUGUCCCGGUUUCCGGACCGAUUGUUUGCCUUAGGCAACGAACCGGCGAAUAAAAAAGUGAAUACCUACUUCCAGCUACCUUAUCUCGAGACUAUCAGUCAUGCUUUGGAAGAAGACCAUAUGGAGAAGCUCUCGCUGUCCCAAUUUGGAAAGAUUAUUGAAACAGGCAACAAGAUAGCAUCAUCAGUCAGAUUUCUCCAUUUCAUCUUGUCGAGACAGCUGCCAAUUCGCUUUUCUAUCAGAGAGUUUGCUAUUACGACGGGGUUAGAUUGCUCCAACUUACCACCGCCGAAAAAGUUGAAGGAAGACCAGGUCAAUAAAUAUACCGUUGAUUUAUUUGGUUCUGAGAGGAAUGCAACCCCUGGAUGGAUAGCGAAUACACUUGCCGGCCGACCGUACAAAGAUAAAGCUACCAGAUUCAAGUUGGCAUGCUUACUCCUCAUAGACGGUAUUGUCUGUCCCACCUCCAAAAAUGCCAAGAUUAGUGCCGAGCACAUCAUGUUGGUACAAGAUGUUGACAAAUUUCUCGAAUAUCCUUGGGGUCGAAAAUCCUUUGAUCUCACUAUCCACAGCAUCAAAACUAGGACAGCUACGACAUCGUACCUUUGUCAGCCAACAUGUGCUUUUCAGGGUUUUCUACAUGCUUUACAGAUGGUAGUUUUGGAGUGUGCUCCGUCUAUUCUGCAGAAGGAUGUAAAAGGUAAAUCAACCACGCAUACCCUGAGGGAUGACGUUGAUGAAGAAGAUGAAUUCCCAAGUUUACGGACUGGUUCUAUGAAACCGAUUAAUAUCUCGAUGCCUCAUGUGAAGUCUCUCGACAAUAAUACGAAGGUGGCUGUCACAGCAAUCUUACCGGACGAUGAACACCUUUUGGAUGAUACUGAUUUCGCAUUUGAUGAUGAUUUCCCGGACGAAACCGUAGACAACUUACUCGCAGCAAUCAGUGAAGGCAAGAAAUUUUCUAGGAAGACAUGGAAUGGCGGUGAAAAUGCAAGUCUCGUUCAAAACCAGCCAAAUGCACCACCGUCAUCGUCUCGGAACACAUCUUCCGAUGUGGAUUUAGAUCCUGCUGCUUCUUCCAUGCUUGAAAAGGUUGUACGCGAGACUUCGUUUGUCUUAUCAGAGAUUAAAAGUCUUCGUACCGAGUUUGUUGACCUUCGUUCCGAAGAGCCUUCGCCUAAAGUUGGAGAACCUGCUAAGCGACCCCUUGGCCGUAGGGUCAAGUCCAUUCCACUAAGAGCCAAGCACGUACGAUUUCAACAGGUUUCUUCGUCCGAGGAGUCCAAGUCCUCAAAUCCAUCAAAAGAAGAUGACGGCGAUGACGGUACAAAGAACAAGGUUUCAAGCAGUCCUUCUUCCGAAAGUGACGACGUUGUGGAUAGCAAUGUCGGUGAUGUUGUUGGAAAUGUUGAUGGUGAUGCCCAUGAAGAUAGAAGGGAACCCGACGCUGAGGGAUCUCGAGAUACUGGCGAAGUGGGUAGACAAAUGCGAGUUGACGUUGAUGAUGUCCAAGAUGAUGCUACACUCGCGAGCAACCAGAUUGCGAGUGUGCUGUCUGAUUUAUCAGACCAAGUUAAUGUAGAGCCGCCAAUAAUCCAGCCUGUUCCAUCACCACCACCAUACGUUGUACAGGCGAGGGACCAAACCGGUGCCGAUAAAGAUGUCCCACCUGUUGUUAUCAACGAAGAAACCGAUGCUGAUAAAGAUCUCCCACCUGUUGUUACCAACGACGGAACCGAUGCUGCUAAAGAGGUCUCACCUGUUGAAACCAACGACCAAACCGGCCCGCGGGAAGAUGAGACACCUGUUCAGACCAACGACGAAACAGUCCCCCAGAAAGAAGUACGACCAGAAUCCCAGAUCAUGCUGGAGACCCACCACACUAUUCCUGAAUCUGCGAUCUCAGCCGGCACACUGAUGGAAACGGGAUUGGGAGAUGAUGUCCCAAAUGCCCAGCAAGAGGUCGAAAUUCCAGCAGGCGUUGAUCCUCCUGUGUGGUCACUGGGUCUUACACAGGAAGAGAAAAAUAUGGCCCAAACAUCUAAGACUGGAGGUGAAGAUCAGGGAGCAAUUCGCAAGAGUAAACGACAACCCGUCCCUUCGUCACAGAUGACGGACUAUAUAGUCCCACGACCUAAACGCCCGAAAAAGUCUGAUAAAUCAAUUGACAUGUCGCAUUGGUUUCCAACACCAAACUUCGAACAAGUCAUCCUCCUACAAAACAGAAUGAAAGAUACUCGGACUUUUCCUAGUUGGAAUGGGAUUGUCCUCUCUGUCAACAUUUUGAAAGAGAUUGUUGACCUCAAAUUCCCGAUCUCCGUGAUGUCUAUUGACAGCAUUAUUAGGCUAUUCCGUCACCAACUGGCGGAAUUGAACGACGAUCGGUGCACUUAUGACUUUGUCGAGUACACGUUCCUUCACGGCAUCGUUGAACUCCUUCCGCAUUUCACAAAUCCCCCGAAGAAGAAACUUGUCUCACUCCCUCCUGGUUCAGCUGCAUACGUCAAAGCCAAGCGCUCAUGGUACACUCAGGUUGCGCGGAUUUAUUGCCCUUAUCAAGUGGAUGACCGAUACUGGGUGGGGCUUUGCAUCGAUUUUGAAAGCCAUGAGAUUCUGGUCCUGAAUUCCUAUGCGACACUCAAAGAGAUGAAACUCAAGACAAGUGUCGCGCCCCUUGCACAGGCUCUACCACAUUUUAUCAGGAGAGUGGCAUACAAUACAGAGAUGAAAGCAGACGACGUGAUGGCGUUCACAAUAAAAAUUGUGAAACCAACUUUCCAGACAUCGACUUUAGGUCAUUUGGGUGUGCUGGCACUCAUGUCUAUUCAGUUACACGCUGCAAAUGUGCCUAUGGACAAUGCUGUGGGUGAUGAUGUUGUUCGUGACGCUUCCCUGAAGUUUGCUUAUGAUCUCCUAUGUUUGAUCGAACCGCCUUCUCUAGCUAAUGUCGUAAUUCCAAAGGACCCUGCGGCUUGA